UACGCGCAGCUUUUGAUGGGAGUGGACGACGGAAUGCUAUACUUCCAUGAAGUCUUGCUUUGAAUAAUAAUAAAUCUUCAGAUCGAAGGCAGACGAUCUCUUAUUAUAUGAUCCGGAGUGGAGACAUCCAUCCAAUGCGCCUCUUUGCGAUGAAAUCCAUUUCCUGGAAGUUGUUGUUGGGAUUUUGGAUGCUUGUUCUGUCCUUCUUCUUCACUCUCUCCCCACCUCUGAUCUGUGCCAAACAGUCAUCUGAUAAAGCUUACGUGACUCUUCUCUACGGAGAUGAGUUUCUGUUGGGCGUUCGAGUUUUGGGGAAGUCAAUUAGGGACACUGGAUCUACUAAAGACAUGGUUGCCCUUGUAUCUGAUGGCGUAUCAGACAAUGCUAAGAAUCUCCUCAAGGGUGAUGAUUGGAUUGUGGAGCCAAUUAGUUUGUUGGCAAACCCUAAUAAAGUGCGACCACAGAGAUUUUGGGGAGUUUAUACAAAGCUCAAAAUAUUCAACAUGACUAACUACAAGAAAGUUGUAUAUCUUGAUGCUGAUACAAUUGUGGUGAAGAGUAUUGAAGACUUGUUUAAAUGUGGAAAGUUUUGUGCUAACUUAAAGCAUUCAGAAAGAUUAAAUUCAGGAGUCAUGGUAGUGGAACCAUCUGCAGCUGUUUUUGGUGACAUGAUGAGUAAAGUAAACACCCUACACUCAUAUACAGGAGGAGAUCAGGGUUUCCUCAAUUCCUAUUACAACGAUUUCCCUAAUGCACAUCUCUUUGAGCCAAACAUACCACAGGAAGUGGUGGACUCCAAACCGUCUCCUGAAAUGGAGAGACUUUCAACUCUAUACAAUGCUGAUGUAGGUCUCUACAUGCUUGCAAACAAGAAUCUAAAUUUCCAGUGGAUGGUGGAUGAGAGCAAACUUCAUGUAAUACACUAUACGCUCGGCCCUCUCAAACCAUGGGAUUGGUGGACAUCAUGGCUUUUAAAGCCUGUCGAUGUUUGGCAGAAUGCAAGAGUAAAACUGGAAGAGUCCCUACCAGGGACUAGUGGGGGCAGAAAUCCCGCUGAUGAGCUUAUAGUGAAGCUUCUUUUUGUGGUCCCAAUUUUCACAUUUCUUUUCUGUUAUUAUCAGUCUAUUCUCCAGACACGUUCACUAGCUGACCAUUUUAGACACAUAUUUUACACAUUCAGAUUCAGGACCAUCGUUUCUUAUUCAGCUGUAGCUUCACCUACAUUGGAUUCAAACCAACAUCAGGUUUCUUUGGGUUCAUAUUCCAAGGUUCCUCCGUUUCUGGGUGGACUUUCUGUUUCUGUCUGUUUUGUGUCUGUUGUGGUGGCUCUUGGAGUUUCACUCAUGAUUAUUCCUCGACAAGUCAUGCCUUGGACUGGUUUACUGCUGAUGUAUGAGUGGACAUUCACUAUCUUCAUCUUAUUAUUUGGAUGUUAUCUCCACUUGGUUCAUCAAUGGGGAAAGAAGACAUCCAACCAACUGGGUUCCAUUUCUCCUGAUCCAGAAUCUGUUGAAAAGGAUUCUUCAAAAGGUCAUCAAACACAGGGAUUCUGUUGUGAUGAUGUGACUUUAUAUUAUGGGCUUGGCAUGGCAGUUCUUGCCAUUGUUGCCCCUUCUUUGCCGUGUUUGCUGGGGAUAACUGCUCUGUUCUUGAGGCUAGGUAUGAUGGUAGCAGGAGGCAUUUUUUUGGCAUCUUUUAUGACUUAUGCUUCAGAGCACCUUGGGAUUAGGUCAUUUUUGAAAGGCCUUGAUGACAGGAACGGAUCUCGAAAGAAGAACUCCUUUACUAGUACUGACCAUUAGAAGUUGAAUAUAAAUCUCAACAGUAAGAGGUAUUUAUUUAUCUUCUUUCCUAACACUAAAUAUCCCCCCAUUUUUUGUUAUGUAAUUGAUUUGCUUUUCCCCUGUGAUCCAGCAGCCUGUGUAUCAUAUAGGGGGAUCUUGAUCUUUAGAUGCACUUUUUAGGAAUUUCUGUAAUUUGCUUCACACUGACAUUUUUGUAAAGAAAGAUCGUCAUUUAUGGAA